AUGAUAUCAACAAGCAGUCUUCCAAAAGGAACUGCAACGGAUCCCCAAGAGCCGCCAACGUCCUCCACGAGUGCUGCGACGCUUUUAAUCGGUCUUCAGAUUGGCUCUAGAGCACUUACGUUUCUCGCCAACCAGCUCCUACUGCGCUAUCUGUCACCCGAAUUGCUCGGCAUAUCGACCCAGCUAGAUGUGUACUCGAUGUCAGUACUAUUUUUUGCCAGAGAGGGGCUUCGAGUAGCCAUUCAAAGGAAAAGCGGCGAAAUACAAGGCGGCCCGCAAACCCAGCGCAAGACGUUGCCCAAGAGUCACGUGGACGCCGAGACAACUGCUGGCAAGAUACAAACCGUUGUGAAUCUGGCUUACAUAUCGAUAUGCCUCGGUUUUGUUUUUACGGUUCUCCUCGCCUGGUUAUACCUCAAGGGGAUUGAAGGGUCGGCGGUCCAGGACACACCGUAUUUCGGGGUUGCGCUGAAAAUGUACGGUGUGGCUGCCAUGUGUGAACUCCUUUCCGAGCCAUGUUUUGUCGUAGUUCAAACCAGAUCAAUGUACAAAAUCCGAGCCAGAACGGAAGCCGCAGCCACUUUGAUGAGGUGCCUGGCGACUUGUGCUUCUGCGGCAUGGGCAUUUCAGCUGAAUCAAGACUUAGGGGUCUUGCCAUUUGCUGUUGGGCAGGUGGUAUACGCGCUUGUCUUAAUUAUCCUCUACUAUUCAAGCUUUCAAGGCGUUGCAUCACAAAUCGGAUUUUCGUUGAUGAUCAGACCAAUAUUCUCAAGUAUAUUUGUUCAGUCAAUUGUCAAGCAUAUAUUGACCCAAGGAGAUACUGUCCUCAUUGCGGCGCUUGCCACACCAGCAGUGCAGGGCACAUAUGCCCUCGCUAACAAUUAUGGCGGACUACUUGCUCGGCUCAUCUUUCAACCAAUAGAAGAAAGCAGCCAAAAUUUCUUUGUUUAA